CCGAGGGUGGUGCCGCCCUUUGGACCUCCAGGUUCGGUUCACCCGGGGUGCGAGCGCCGCUCAGCUCCGCCCAGUCCUCGCAGGGAACCCGGCCCGGGCAGGCGAUGGCCACGACGACCAGCUCAGCGCCCCGCGUCCGGGAGAUCUUCGACUCGCUGGAGUACGGACCAGCCAUGGAGAGCGACGCAUGCGCCGUGGCCUGGCUGGAUGCCCACAGUCCACUGGGUCACUUUGUCGGUGGAGAGUGGCUCAGACCUGAAGGCAGUAGUUCUGUGCCUUGCCAGGACCCCAUCACAGGGAAAACCUUAGCAACCUGUCUCCAGGCCUCGGCCUCGGAGGUUGCAGCCGCAGUGGAUAAAGCUCGGGCUGAGCUGGAAAACUGGAGCCGUGUGCCCGUCUGCCGCCGCACCCAGUACCUGACCAGUCUGGCGAAGGUGAUUCAAGAGAAUGAGCGGCUGUUGUGGACCCUUGAUUCGCUGGUCACGGGUCGGUCGGUUCGAGAAGUUCGCGACCGGGAUGUGCCACUGGCCCUGCAGCUGCUCCAGUACUACGCAGACCAAAGCCUCUUCCUGGAGAAGGAGCUGUCAGGCUGGAAGCCGAUGGGCAUCGUGGGCAUCAUCUUGCCCCCUACCUUCUCCUUCGUGGAGAUGAUGUGGCGGAUCUGCCCUGCCCUGGCUGCGGGCUGCAUAGUGGUGGUCCUAGCACCCCCGCCCUGCCCCACAUUGCUGCUCCUGGCCCAGCUAGCGAAGCAGCUGGACUCUUGCCCAAAGAUCCUGAAUGUCAUCUGUGGUCCUGCCUCUUUGGGCCCUGUCCUGGCCGCCCAGCCCGGAGUGUGCAAAGUGGCCUUUUGUGGUGCUGUGGAGGACGGCCGUGCCCUGCGCCAGAGCAUGGCGGGCACCGGGGUCGAUCUAGGGCUGGCCCUGGGCGCCGAGUCACUGCUGCUGCUGACUGAUGCAGCCGAUGUGGACUCAGCUGUGGAGGGCAUCGUGGAUGCGGCCUGGUCCGACCGCAGUCCGGGUGGCCUCCGGCUCCUCAUCCAAGAGUCCGUGUGGGAGGACAGCAUGACACGGCUCCGGGCACGCAUGGCACAUAUUCGGGCCGGCCAAGGGCUGGACGGAGCUGUGGAUAUGGGCAUCCGAGGGGCGGCCUCGAGGGACCUGGCCCAACGCUACAUCUGCGAGGCCAAGAACCAGGGCGCACAGGUGUUCCAGGCAGGGGAUAUGCCUUCACAUGGCCCAUUCUUCCCACCCACCUUGGUCUCCGACCUGCCCCCUGCGUCCCCAUGUGCUCAGGCAGAGGUGCCGUGGCCCAUGGUGCUGGCCUUCCCUUUCCACACCCCCAAGGAGGCGCUGGCACUGGCCAAUGGGACGCCCCGGGGGGCCAGUGCCAGCGUGUGGAGUGAACGGCUAGGCCAGGCCCUGGAGCUGAGCUACAGCCUCCAGAUGGGCAGUGUCUGGAUCAAUGCCCACGGCCUCCGAGACCCCGCGGUGCCCACUGGUGGCUGUAAAGAGAGUGGAUCCUCCUGGCACGGGGGUAUAGAGGCGCUGUACGAGUACCUUCGGCCUGAGAAGAUGCCCGGCCUGCCGCCCCUCAUCUCUGAGCAUCUGGACUACAAAACCUUCGGCCUCUCCACCUCCACCCUCCCGGUGGAGCAUAUGACCCAAAACAACCCAGUACGCCCCUAUGGGCUCUUCGUGGGAGGCCGCUUCCAGGCGACAGGGUCCCGGAGCUUGCGGCCUAUUGAGGAUUCAAAAGGCCGCCUCCACUGUUAUGUGACUGAGGGGGGAGCCAGAGACAUCCAGGAAGCUGUGGAAGCUGCCCAGAAAGCCGCCUCGGGGUGGCUGACUCAGUUGCCGGCAACUCGGAGGGCAGUGCUCUGGGAGCUGGCGAAAGCACUGGAGAAACCCAAUUCUACGCUGCAAGAAUACCUGAGUUCGAACAAUGAUGAUAUGAAACUGAGUGUCAAGCAGCUGAAGGACUGGGGGUUGCGUGCAGCACAGAGCCAAGGGCAGACCCUGCAGGUAUCCGAGCUGCGGGGCCCCGUGCUCCAGCUGCGGGAACCCGUGGGCGUGAUUGCCAUCGUGUGCCCGGACGAAGAGCCACUACUCGGCUUUGUGUCCCUGCUGGCCCCCGCCCUCGCCUAUGGCAACGCCGUGGUGGUCGUACCCAGUCGCACCUGCCCCCUCCCCGCCUUGGAGAUUUGCAGGAACCUGCCCAAAUCGAUGCCCGCGGGCCUCGUGAACGUGCUGACGGGAGACCAGGACCACCUGACCCGAGUUCUAGCCUUGCACCAGGACGUCCAGGCCCUGUGGUAUUUCGGAUCUGAGCAGGGCUCCCAAUUUGUGGAGUGGGCCUCGGCAGGAAACCUGAAGUCUGUGUGGGUAAACUGGGGCCAACGGCAGAACUGGGACCAGGAGGAUAAGGAUAAGGAGGCCUGCAUCGAGAUGACCCGGCGGGCCACGCGAAUCAAGACCCUGUGGCUGCCCAUGGGAGACUGAUGGAGGACGCAACCCUAACCCUGAGACCUUCCUCAUCCCCCAUUGCCUGGGUACAAUAAAUUCGCCUCCACCCUGGCUGAGCUUGCGAGGGCGUGAGGUGAGGGAGUGUCAGCA